AUGAAAAAUUUAUCAAAAUUUUUAUUACGUGUAUUAAUUUUAACUAUAUUAUCAAUAUCCUCAACUAUAUCUUUAUUAAUAGAUCCAGAAAAGAAUUUAGACCAUAAUAUUUUAAUCUAUUACACAGCUGAUUUAAAAAGGGUAUAUGUAUGCAACAAAUAUUUAUUCUAUAAUGAAGCAAAAGCUUUAGAAUAUCAAAAUUAUUUAUACUUGAAUUUUAAUAAAAAUACCAGCACUUAUAAACCACCAGGAGGAACUAAAAAUAAAAUUAAUAAGAUUAAAAAUAAAUAUAUGAUUGGAGAAAGAAGUUAUGGAUAUUUUGUUGCAAUUAAUCCUUUUAGUGAAAGAUUUAGAGAACGUGUAUGGGGUGAUUGUGGUGAAUGUUAUAGUAAAAUUAAUAUUUCAGAUUUUAGAAAUAGAGUAUUGGAAGAACUAAACAUGUAUAGAAAAAUACAUGGUGUACCUUCUGUUUCAUAUGAUUCAAAAUAUAAUGAAUUGGCUAAAAGUGAGGCAGAAAAUUUUUUAAAGACUCAUAACAGUUUUAUUUGUAUUAGAAGAACUGAAUAUAGUUGCAUUUAUUUGGAACUAUCAAAUUUUGAUGCUCAUUCUAUGAUCACAUCUUUAUAUGUAAAAUUAAUGACUUAUUAUAAUUGGAAAAAAAAUUCUUAUACACCAAACUUAGUUAAUGGAGUACAACUAAUUUGGAAAAAAGCAAAAUAUAUUGGACUUGAUUUUGCAAUAGAAGGUUCCUUUGUUACUACAUUUUUAAUAUUUUCAUCUAAAGUUACAGAUGAUAAAAAUUACAAGAAAAACGUUUUUCCAGUUAAGUCAACAUAUAUUAAGAAGUAUGGUACUUUACCAUAA